UCCACGUGUGUCAGCUAAUGAAAUAUUCAAAAUAGCAGGCCAUCCUCUCCACAAAAUGUGCCACAAUCGUUUUGUGCCGUACACAAUGUAAUUGGUGUACCGUCUCAAACAGUAGUUCUUUACAUCUAGCAUAACUACCAACCAGUUUGUCGUUUUGUCGGUGUGAUGAUACACAUGUACCUAGUCACAUUUUGUACUUUAUCGUCGGGCCGAGUAGACCUUCCGGAAUUCGCGCAUAGUUCGUGGGUUGGACGUUGUCGGCACAUUGUUUGGGGAGUUGAAAACCUAAUUAUCGCUAAUAGAGUGGAAGUGAAAAAUAACUAUGAAAAUGAGCUAAUUGGCGUCACGGAAUCAGUGGCAGUAGAACAGAAAUUUCUUUUCGAUACAAAAGAGACUUCGCCCUUAAGGAAUGCUACCGGAAACAAAUGAACUGUGAUAAUGUAGGAAAACUGUGCAUAACUGGUGUCAGUAAAAUAUAUGGACACCUCUAGUCAAUGUAGACUUAUAUUGCAGUGCUUAAAUUAAGUGUUUAGUGAGGUGAAACAACAAAGCCCAAUAAAGUAGAAAUAAUUUACCUGCGUCUAAUCGCAAAUCAGUAUAGUGAUGUUUUGUGCUUGCAAGGUUACUUCAAGAACAAGAUCAAACCACCAGGUCCAACAAAGGCACAAAGACGUUCUACCGUGAGCAACAAGAAACCGUAAAUAGUGCACAAAGAGUACCGAGCACAACGAAGGCAACGCAACGUGGAGGAAGCUUUUAAACGUCCACCGACGUAAGGUCCCUGUUCCAGUACAUGGCACGAUAAUAUGGAUUUAAUAUCGCUUCCCCCGUGCUCUCGACGGACGGAAAAGAUGGUGAGUUGUGCUGCAGAGCACCAUCAUCAGCUUACCAUCAUGACCGGAAACGGUGCAACUGGUGGCCUUUCGCCCACGUCAACAACGAUUAAGAUCUCCACUACGUAUCUGAAGACACCGGUCAAAACGGAUCAAGAAAUUCUUGAAAACUCCAUGCUGGAGGAUGACCCCAACUCGAACACAAUCCUAAGCACAGCAGUAAAUUGUGGGGCCAUCGAUGGAAACGGAAAAUGCCUGGAUGGACGCGAAAGCCUGGCAAAGCGACCACGAUGGGGACCACAGCACAAAGGGGCCCAGGAAUUAGCUAAACUGUACAGUAGUGGGAAACGCACUCAGGAAAUCAUCUGUGUCUACAUCUGCCUCACGCUAAUUAUCAUCAAUCUGUUUCUCAUCCUCAAACACUUCCGGCUGGAGCGGAUAAGCAAAGUAGUGGUGGCGGCUGUGUUUGGGAUUCUGACUGCCGAUUUCGGUUCCGGUCUAGUUCACUGGGGUGCCGACACGUGGGGUUCGGUCGAACUGCCCAUACUGGGAAAAAAUUUUUUACGACCCUUUCGAGAGCAUCAUAUCGAUCCAACCUCAAUCACGCGGCACGAUUUCAUCGAAACCAACGGGGACAACUUUAUGGUGGCCGUGCCUAUCCUAGCGAAGCUUGCGUGGAACUUUUUCACACGAACCAACUCGGAGAUACAGCAGGAGUACGCACUGAGUGCAUAUCUGUUCCUGUGUUCUAUCUUCAUCGCCAUGACAAAUCAGAUUCACAAAUGGUCCCACACCUACUGGGGUCUACCGAAGUGGGUGCUGUUCCUGCAAAAUCAUCACAUCAUUCUGCCCCGGCGACAUCAUCGUAUUCAUCACGUAGCACCGCAUGAAACAUAUUUUUGCAUCACAACGGGAUGGCUCAAUUGGCCCCUGGAGAAGAUAAAGUUCUGGUCCACUUUGGAAGCCACCAUAGAGCUUUGCACAGGCCACAAACCGAGGGCAGAUGAUAUGAAGUGGGCUCAAAAGCGGACAUGAUCGUAUACGAGUUGGUUGCUGCUAUACAACGCCACAUUCCUUUGUUAGCCUUAUGGAUUCAUUAGUCGACGCUUCUUUUACCGAAGUGCUAAGCUGGAGUUUUUUACCUUCAUUCAUCCAUGCGACUAGUAGAGUAUAUUUUGCAUUCUUUAAUAUGUAGAGUUAUACAAAUGCAAGCAUUUGUAAACAGCCAUGAUGAUAGAAUAGAGAAAUUUCGAGGAAUUUUACCUGUAGGAUCUUAUCAAAACCAGUCUAGUGAAAAAGAUCAUUGCAUGACGGUAUGUUGUAAGACAUGAAGACCGACACAGUUGUUUUAAAUCAACAGAUACUCAAUCCAAUUAGGAAAAUGUUCAUAUUUAUAGAAUGUCUAAGCAUAGCUGGUUCAGUUUGCGAAGUGAACGAAAAAAUGAAAGCUUAUUAAUGCCUUACAAACAAACAACUCAUGGCACUAAAAAUAUGAUAGAAAUGCAAAGCACGGACGUACACGCCUGCAUUCUGGAACACGCAUUCUCAUUAUGUCUCAUAGCUUAACAUAAUAUUUUUUGCAAUUCAGAUGAAGAACAUCAAUUUAGGCUCUUAUAAAAUUGAGAAUUUACCGGACGAGAAAUAUUGAGAGAAACACUAUUAGGUAAUAUUGGGUAAGGCUUUGGCGUUAUCACAAUGCUAUACAGAGAUACAUUUUUUACUUUGUUAUGAAUUCAAGUAAGGUUUAUAGUUUUGUGAUACCGGUCGAAAACAUGGUGGAGCGCAAUUUUUAUGCGAUUGGGCGCUCAAGAUAUGCAGCCAAUUUAAGCAGCUCUUCUUUAAGCUUGCAUAGAUAUAAAAGAAAGGAGAAUGAUCCUCAAUUUAAGAAAAACAUGCCUUGAGUCAUGUAGUUUCCACCAACACUGAUGUAUAUAUCAUGAUCUCAUAUAACACGGAUUCAUAAGGCUCGUCAAUCUACAUUAUAGAAAUUACACAGCUUAUGGGAGUAUGCAUUAUGGGAAUGUGUGAAAGGGGUUGAAAAACGGCUAUGAAACUAUCAGAAAAAUAAACACUAUCAAAGCUGUAUUCAUUACUGCACCAUUCAAUCACAAAAAUAUAUGAAAUCCAGAGUGUCUUCCACAGAUAUUCUUUUUUUAAGCUAAAAACUACGCUAAAAAUGGUUUAUGUUUGUUUUUUUUGUUUUGUAUAGCCUAUGGCUCGAAACAUCUGUUUUUUCGUAGUUUUUUUUUCUAAAUUUGGUACAAAAUCCAAUGACGACCAAAACAUAGAAUAUAGUGUCCAAGUUUAAAAAUGAAAAGAACUAAUACUUUAUCGUAGAUUUUAAAAUUUGACUGAUUUGGAAAAAAUGUACUCGCCGUCCAAAGCUUAUAUGGAUGAUUUACCUUUAUAAAAGACGAACAUUUUGUGUUCAGUGCUCUUUUU